AACUAAGGAAUCCAAAGACAAAAAUGGAGUACCUUACAAAGUUGCCAGAAGAGAGCAUAUCUCUCAUCAUCUCCUACACAUCACCACGGGACGCUUGCAGAUCAUCAGCGGUUUCACGUUCUAUGAGGGAAUCUGCAGAUUCAGAUGCUGUGUGGAGGAGUUUUCUGCCCUCUGAUUGUCAGGACAUAGUUUCCAAAUCAUCAGCUUCAACGUCGUUGCCGUUGAUUCUUAUGCCUAGGAAGGAGCUUUAUUUCUACCUGUGUCAUAAUCCCAUCUGCAUUGGAAAUGGUAACAUGAGCUUUUCAUUGGAGAAAGAGGGUGGGAAGAAAUGUUAUAUGAUAGGGGCACGAGAUCUCUCAAUCGCCUGGGGAGAUACAUCAAGCUAUUGGAAAUGGAAAUCACUUCCAGAAUCUAGGUUCUCCCAAGUGGCCAAGCUCCGAUACGUGUGGUGGCUCGACAUCAAGGCGACGAUAGAGACUAAAGUUUUGUCUCCUGAAACAACUUAUGAAGCUUAUUUUGUGUUCAAGUUUGUUGAAUCAAGACAUGGGUUCAGCCAGAGACCUGUAGAGUUGUGUGUCAAUGUAGAAGGAAGUGAGGGUAAGGAAAAGCUUAGGGUGCGCCUGGAUCUCCCGUUGGAUAUGCCUCAAGACCCUCGGCCAUCUCAACGGAGAGACGGAUGGAUGGAGAUCGAAAUGGGUAGUUUCUACAAUGAACAUGGAGAUGAUGGCACUGUUUUGUGUAGUCUAAUGGAGACUGAUAACUAUGCCAUUAAGAGGGGACUCAUUGUUGAAGGGAUUGAGUUUAGGCCUAAAAGUUAGUCACUUACCCAGAUACAUCUCUCCUGUUUAAGGACUUCCUCCCAAAAAAAGCAGUAAUUGUGACAUUCUGAAGUCAAUUUCUUGUCAAGAACAAUAAUCUCAUUUUAUGGCCAUGCCUGUCUAGUCUACUGUUUCUAUAAUGCUAUUUACUUCUUCAGCAGAUACAAA